AUGUUGGCGGCGGCGAGCAUCGGCGCCAUCUGGAGCUCCACCUCCGUCGACUUCGGAGUAAAUGGCGUCCUCGACAGGUUUUCCCAGAUUCAGCCCAAACUCAUCUUCUCCGUCGCGGCUGUGGUUUAUAACGGGAAAACUCACGACCACAUGGAGAAGCUGAUCAGCGUGGUCAAAGGUUUACCAGACCUGCAGAAAGUCGUGGUCAUUCCCUACGCUCGAACAAGGCAAGAAACUGAUCUCUCCAAGAUUCCCAACAGUGAGUUCCUGGAGGACUUCCUGGGCAGCGGUCGUGGAGACGCCGGUCAGGACCCACAGCUGGAGUUCGAACAGCUGCCGUUCUCUCACCCGCUCUUCAUCAUGUACUCCUCUGGGACCACAGGGGCCCCCAAGUGCAUGGUCCACUCUGCUGGGGUGAGGAGGGGCAAGAGUUCCAGGGGGUCAGAAGACUCAGUCCUCAGGGUUCAGAAGGCUCGGUCCUCAGGGUUCAGACUCGGUCCUCAGGGUUCAGAAGGCUCGGUCCUCAGGGUUCAGAAGGCUCGGUCCUCAGGGUUCAGAGGGCUCGGUCCUCAGGGUUCAGAAGGCUCGGUCCUCAGGGUUCAGAAGGCUCGGUCCUCAGGGUUCAGAAGGCUCGGUCCUCAGGGUUCAGAGGGCUCGGUCCUCAGGGUUCAGAAGGCUCGGUCCUCAGGGUUCAGAAGGCUCGGUCCUCAGAGUUCAGAAGGCUCGGUCCUCAGGGUUCAGACUCGGUCCUCAGGGUUCAGAAGGCUUGGUCCUCAGGGUUCAGAAGGCUCGGUCCUCAGGGUUCAGAAGGCUCGGUCCUCAGGGUUCAGAAGGCUCGGUCCUCAGGGUUCAGACUCGGUCCUCAGGGUUCAGAAGGCUCGGUCCUCAGAGUUCAGAAGGCUCGGUCCUCAGGGUUCAGACUCGGUCCUCAGGGUUCAGAAGGCUCGGUCCUCAGGGUUCAGAAGGCUCGGUCCUCAGGGUUCAGAAGGCUCGGUCCUCAGGGUUCAGAAGGCUCGGUCCUCAGGGUUCAGAAGGCUCGGGCCCUCAGGGUUCAGAAGGCUCGGUCCUCAGGGUUCAGAAGGCUCGGUCCUCAGGGUUCAGAAGGCUCGGUCCUCAGGGUUCAGAAGGCUCGGUCCUCAGAGUUCAGAAGGCUCGGUCCUCAGGGUUCAGAAGGCUCGGUCCUCAGAGUUCAGAAGGCUCGGUCCUCAGGGUUCAGACUCGGUCCUCAGGGUUCAGAAGGCUCGGUCCUCAGGGUUCAGAAGGCUCGGUCCUCAGGGUUCAGAAGGCUCGGUCCUCAGAGGAACUCUGAUCCAGCACCUGAAGGAGCACGUCCUGCACGGGAACAUGACCAGCAGCGACGUCAUCAUCUACUACACCACGACCGGCUGGAUGAUGUGGAACUGGCUGGUGUCGGCGUUGGCAGUGGGAGCGUCGCUGGUUUUAUACGAUGGUUCACCUCUCAUGCCCACGCCCAACGUUCUGUGGGACCUGACGGACCAGCUGGGGUGA